AUGCUUUGCACAUUCUCAAGAUGUAGUGAUGUAAAUAUACUUGUAAUAUUAAUAUGCACAGUUUAUAUUGCUAAUUCAGUAUUUCUGACUGUAGUAGCUACUAAUGUGCAGGCUGUAGAUACAAAUUCUACCCAAGUUCCAAAUUCAAGUACAACAGGUGAAUUAUCACAAAUACCUUUUGAAUCAAUAUGUUCUGGGGACCAGCAAGUUAAUUGUGGUCAAAAUGGCAAGUGUUUUGAGGUAGGAGUACUUGAAGACCAGAGACAAUAUAUAUGUAUAUGCAUAGAUGGGUACACGGGCCCUAAAUGUGAUACUAAAUGGGAUGCUUGCUUAAGUGCAGGACCAACUAAUCUAUGCCUUAAUGGGGGCAUUUGCACAAGUACAAUGGAAUAUCCCUAUUAUUCAUGCAAGUGUUUAUCUGGAUAUACUGGCCUUAACUGUAAUAUUGCCAAUAAUAUCUGUAUUACAAAUAAUCCUUGUCAGAAUGGAGGAAAAUGUACUUUUAUUAGUCCAAGCGAACCAGUUCUUUGUACAUGUAGCAGAGGAUAUACAGGGCAAUAUUGUCAAGAUCAAGUAUAUUAUGGAAUAGGUGGAGCUGGUGUUUAUUUAUAUCCAAGUCAAAUUAUUUUUACAUGGAUUAUCUUAAUUCUCUUACUUGCAAGCAUUGCAUACUGUACAUUAUCUGUUAUUAUGGAUUUCAUAGCAAUUAAAAGAGCUGAGAGAAAAAAGAGACUUAAAGAAGAGAAAAAUAAAGGAGACGAUACAGUUCCAUCAGAAGAAGUUGAAGAUUUCAAUGAAGACUGA